AUGGCGGACGUGACUACUGCGGCAGAGAGUGAGGUUGCGGAGGAUGUGGUGAGACCAUCAGGACCGACGAAAGUCACGCUGCAGUUUGUAGCAGUAGGCAAUGCACCACUGAUGAAGCGCACGAAAUUUACCGUGAGCGGUCACGACCAAUUGAGUGUGGUGUAUCGAUUCUUGAGGAAACAGCUUCGGCUGAAAGACACCGAGUCCCUGUUUGUGUAUUGCAGCAGCUCGUUCGCACCGUCUCCGGAUCAGAGACUCAGCUCAUUAUUUCAGUGUUUCCAAGUGGGAGACGUGCUGGUGCUAAAUUAUAGCUUGACACAGGCGUGGGGGUAG